AUGGCUUCUCCUCAAGAUACUGUCGCUUUUAUCGGCAUCGGCGUCAUGGGCUACUCCAUGGCCGUCAACCUGCGCGCCAAAAUGCCCUCGAGCAAGACGCUCCUGAUCUGUGACGUCUCGGAAGCCGCACUGAAGAAGUUCCAGAGUGAAAACUCGUCCAAGGGACCCAUCGAGGUCGUGUCCAACGGGCACGAGGCCAUCAAGCGCGCGAAUACCCUGAUAACCAUGCUCCCCACGGCGGCCUCGGUGGAGAAAGUAUACCUGGACCCGACAACAGGUGUCAUUCCGGGAGCCAUUGAGGUUUCGAAGAACGGAAACCCGCAGAAGAAGCUGAUAAUGGAAUGCGGCACGAUCGAAACGGCCACCAUUUUAAAAGUCGCGGCUGCGGCGAAGGAGGCCGCGUCGAAACUCGCAUCGGGUGCUACGCUCGACUUUGUCGACGCGCCAGUGAGUGGCGGGCCCAUGGGCGCCGAAGCGGGGACAUUGACGUUCAUGGUCGGCGCCACUACGACCGACGCCUUUGAGCGCGCAAAGGAGUAUUUACAGCACAUGGGCAAGAAGGACAGUAUAUUCCACUGCGGCGACGUCGGGGCCGGCACCGCCUUCAAGGUGAUUAACAACUACCUGUCCGCCAUCACCAGUCUGGCAGCGAGCGAGGCCCUCAACAUCGGCUCCAAGAUGGGUCUGGAUCUCAAGUUGCUCACCGACGUGAUCAAUGUGAGUGGUGGCCAAUGCUGGGUCACCUCCCAGUCCAACCCUGUACCCGGGAUCCACGCCAACGCCCCCGCGAGUCGAGGCUACGAGGGAGGCUUUAGGAUUGAGCUGUGCAAGCAUGUCUUGGAGAUGGGGUCGAGCUUGGCAGAGAUGGUCGGCGCGCGCACUAUCCUGGAUAAACCGACUCUGGCGGCCUUUGAUGAGGCCAUGGCCGACCAGAGAUACAAGGGUAAAGAUGCCCGCGUGGUUUACAAGUGGUUGAAUGACCAGGGACGGCCGGAAGACGCGGUCAAUGGAGAUAAGAAAUGA